AUGAAGAAUGUAUCUGACGAAAUAUCAAAAAAAUGUUAUAAAGACAAAAUUACUAAGGUAAAUCGUUAUUCAAGUUCAAAAGUUUUUUUCAAUUUUGUUUGUUGGUUAAAAAUUUCGUUCAAAAGUAAAGAAAAUGAUGAUGAUGAUGAUGAUGAUGAUGAUGAUGAUGAUGAUGAUGAUGAUGAUGAUGAUGAUGAUGAUGAUGAUGAUGAUGAUGAUGAUGAUGAUGAUGAUGAUGAUGAUGAUGAUGAUGAUGAUGAUGAUGAUGAUGAUGAUGAUGAUGAUGAUGAUGAUGAUGAUGAUGAUGAUGAUGAUGAUGAUGAUGAUGAUGAUGAUGAUGAUGAUGAUGAUGAUGAUGAUGAUGAUGAUGAUGAUGAUGAUGAUGAUGAUGAUGAUGAUGAUGAUGAUGAUGAUGAUGAUGAUGAUGAUGAUGAUGAUGAUGAUGAUGAUGAUGAUGAUGAUGAUGAUGAUGAUGAUGAUGAUGAUGAUGAUGAUGAUGAUGAUGAUGAUGAUGAUGAUGAGAAUAAAAUGGGGAGAAAACGUUAUCCAUUGAUUUAUUGGUGUACAAAAACGAUUUUUUGGUCGAAAACAUUUCCUCUGAUCAACAUGAAAUAA